UGAGCUGGGCCGUCCAAACCCAGGGCUCCUGUGGGGCAGGAUGAUGGGGGGGCUCUGCUCCCAGCUGGCCGCGCUGCUCUUGCUGCUGGUGGUGCUGCCAUCCCCAGCACAUGGUGCGGAGGAGAGUCAAGACCAGACAGUGUUCAGCCGUAUCAUAGGGGGGCAGGAUGCCCAGAAGGGUCGAUGGCCCUGGCAGGUCAGUGUGCAGAAAUAUGAUGACAAAAAACAUGAAUACGACCACAUCUGUGGAGGAUCCCUCAUCUCAGCCCAGUGGGUGGUGUCAGCCGCUCACUGCUUCCACCCCCCUGUGUCCCCUGCCCAGUACCGUGUGGUGCUGGGAGCGCACCAGCUCCUCCCUCUCUCCCCAAAACCAGUCCUGGCCGAGGUGCAGAAGAUCAUCCCCCACCCCAGGUACAAUAGGACGAGCUUCGUUGCUGACGUCGCCUUGGUGAGGCUGAAGGAGCCAGUGAAAUCCACGUUCAUCCGGCCCAUCUCCCUGCCAGGUGCCUCCCACCAGUUCCGCGUGGGGAAGAAGUGUUGGGUCACCGGCUGGGGAAACGUUGAAGUGACCAAGCCUCUUCAGCCACCCCAGACCCUGCAGCAGCUGGCGGUUCCCAUCAUCAGCACAGCAGACUGCAACAAGCGUUACAACACACUGAAUCCACGCUCACCUCUGGGUCCAGAGAGAAUCAAAACCAGCAUGAUCUGCGCCGGGUACAUGGACAUGGGCAGCCCCAAGGGAUUCUGCAAAGGCGACUCCGGGGGGCCUCUGGCCUGUGAGCAGGGCGGCACCUGGUACCUGGCCGGAGUCGUGAGCUGGUUUCUGACCAGAAAAGUGAGUGGAAUCGUCUGUUCUCAUCCCAAGUUCCCCGGGGUCUUCACCCGGGUGACGGCCUACGACAGCUGGAUCCAGGAGCAUGUGAAGGGUGUGGGCCCUCUGCCAGCGCUUCUCCAGCUGCACUGACACUCGCCGCCCUCCUCCUCGCAGCCCUGUGAGCCACGCGCGGACCUGCCCCUGGCACUGCCAGGCCGACGCCCCUCAGGAUGUCUAUAGACCCCCCUUGACACCAGGUGUGGGCCCCGCGCUGCUGGGGUCUGCGGGAUGCGGCUGGGAGAGGCUGGUGGA